UACUCUCUCUUAGCAAUGAAGAUAAACAUUACUUGUGGUUCGUUCGUCUUUCUGUGAAAGGAAAACUUGACAUGAGAGGAAACCAGUUUCGAAAAUAUUGAUGUCGAGUCCUUCACGUCAGGUUGGAAAUCGUCGCCUUCCUCCUCUACCAAGCGGUUCGCGUUAUAGCCCGAUUUAUCAGCGCGCUUCAAACGGUCAUGGAACUUCUCCUGUUUCUCAGGCAAAGGCAGCGAAAGGGCCUGUUAGCAAUCGAACAUCAAACAGCCAUGGUCAGAGCAGUCACAUUACCCACAUUGAUCUGACCGCAAGCUUUGGCGAUGGACCGUUUCGGCCAGCGUUGGUACAGGGAAAAGCGAUAGGAAAUGGCCAAGAUGUCGAUGAAGAGGCGGUGCGUAAUUUUCUCCGAGCAAACCCUGUGUUUUUGGAAGAUUAUGUGAUGAAAUAUGUGGAUCAAGACCGUUUGGAACGAUGGCUCAUUAGGAAGACGCGAAAACUGAAGAAUAAAGUGGGGAAGAAGCCUGCAAGUUCUCUUGAUCAUGACAAUAAUAAACAAAGUGACCCGCACCGUCCGUCUCUGUCGAAGUGGAAGUUUUGUGUACACAGUGAAAAGAAGAAAAUGUUGGAAGAGUUGACAAAUGAUAUUCAUCAGUCACCAAACAAGCAGAAGGUGUUGAUGGAGUUGGCUAACUGUAUUGCAUCAGCUUGUCAUGCAGAUUCGUUCACUUUGUAUUUAGUUGAUGCUACAGGAAAGGCAUUGUUCAUCUACAAUCCUAACCAUCCAGAAGGGAGGACUUCAUCAAAUAUCCAGAUAAAAGAUGGAAGCACAAUUGCAGCUUUUGUAGCUUUUACUCAAAAGCCAUUCAGAACAAAUGAAGUGUUGGGGGAUUACCGUUUUCCAGAAGGAAUUGGACUGGAAGAUAGCACUGCACAGUCUGUGUUAUGUCAGCCAAUCAUUCAGUCAAAUGGUGAACUCAUCGGUGUUAUUGAGUUAUGUAGGAGACUUGGCCAUGAAGCUUUUGGAGAAGAAGAUGAUGAGAUUGUCAACAGCUACCUAGUGUGGGGUGGAAUAUCACUGUAUUAUGCAGAGAUGUUCCAAAACAUGCAAAGACACAGAAAAUUGACAGAGUUUCUACUAAAUGUGACAAGGUCAAUCUUUCAAGAUAUUGUCAGCAUGGAUACAGUGAUUAUGAAGAUUAUGAAUUAUGCGCAAACUUUGGUGGAUGCAGACAGAACAUCACUCUUUCUCGUGGACAACAGAACAAAUGAAUUGUAUGCCAGGAUAUUUGAUAUAGGAGGGAGUCUUGAGGACAGCAGAUCAUCAAAUCUUCAAAAAGAAAUCAGGUUUCCUAAAACAAAGGGUGUGGCAGGCCAUGUAGCCACCACAGGAGAGACCCUGAACAUUGCAGAUGCCUAUCAUGAUGAAAGAUUUAACAGGGAAAUUGACCUUCAGACUGGGUACACCACUACCACGUUGCUUUGUAUGCCAAUUUUCAUCAGAGGAAAUAUUAUUGGAGUUGUUCAGAUGGUGAACAAAAAGAGUGGAGUGUUCACAGCAUCAGAUGAAAAGUCUUUUCAGACGUUUGCAAUUUACUGUGGCUUGGCUCUCCAUCAUGCUAAGCUUUAUGACAAGAUAAGGAGGUCGGAGCAAAAGCACAGGGUCGCAUUGGAAGUCCUUUCAUAUCACAGCAAAUGUUCUGAACGUGAGCUUACAAACUCCCAAGAGAUGCCAGUUCAAGAACCUUUCCCAUCUCUGGAAUCGUAUAAAUUUGAUUCAUACUCACUAGUUAGAGAUGGAACAGACUUCAUGCCGAGUCUCGUCAUUCAAAUGACAAAGAACCUCUUCUCGCUUCAAAGAUUUGGAGUUGACGAACUGUGGCGGUUUGUGCUUACAGUGAAGAAGAAUUAUCGAGACGUUCCAUACCACAACUGGACUCAUGCCUUCGCUGUAGCACAUUCCAUGUAUCUCGUUAUUCGGUCUGGAAACGAAAAAUUCACAGCACUCGAGGCCCUGGCCAUGUUCUUUGCCUCCUUGUGCCAUGACUUGGAUCACCGCGGUCGCACCAACUCAUGGAUGAAGAAUGAACAGACACCCCUGGCUGCUGUGUACAGCACUUCAACUAUGGAACAUCAUCAUUUCAACCAAACCAUCACCAUCCUUCAGCAUGAAGGCCACAACAUUUUCUCUCACCUAAGUCCGGCAGAGUACAAAACAGUGCUUGGUUACAUGAAGGAGUGCAUUCUUGCCACAGACCUGGCGUUGUUUUUCGGUAACAAGUCUAAACUGAAUGAUAUGGUGGAAAAAGGACAAUUCACUUGGGACAACCAAGAGCACAGGAAGCUGUUACGUGCCAUUUGUAUGACGGCUUGUGAUUUAUCUGCCUGCACAAAGCCCUGGGAAAUUCAGUUGGAGAUUGUAAGGGUCAUAUACCAAGAGUUUUACGCUGAGGGUGAUCUUGAAAAGGCUCAGGGAAAAACACCCAUUGCAAUGAAGGACCGCAACACAGCGCAUGAAUUGCCGGCACAUCAGGUUGGCUUUCUGGUUGGAAUCUGUUUACCUUGUUAUGAGCUCUUGCAGAAGUGUAUACCUGACACAAAACCACUUGUGGAAGGAUCUCAAGCAAAGCUGACAAAAUGGUCGAGGAUGGCUCAACACAACAGAAAUGCCAUAGAAUCCAUGAAUCCGCCUUCAGACGAUUCAAGUAAGGAAGACCAAGAAGAAAACGAAGAAAAAAGCAGCGAAGCUGGCGAGAAAGAAGGGGAAAGGGAAGAAAAGAAAACGAGUGGCAGUGACGAGAAGGAGAAGGGUGCUGCGGAGACACGAGAUAAUCAGAGUGACAAGAAAGAGGAAGCAAAAGAGGAAAAGGGUGGGAAGGAUGAAUCCAAACUGGUGGAAGGUGCAGCAGAAGAGAGUAACGAGGGAAAUGCUUCUCCUUGAUGUUCACAUUGUUCCUUUUUCUCUGUAGCCAAAUGUCCUCUUUGUCUUUAGUUUCCUUUCGGUAGAAAUUGUAUUCCUUAACACGAAGUAUUCCUGUAAGGAAAGCGUUACAUUGACGAUCUCUUUACUUGUCACAAACAAGACGAGAUCGGUCACGAAUGAUCACAGUCAAGAGAUUGUAAACUGUUCAUAAUCUCUUGUUAGAGGACUUUAUGAUUUGAUCAGGUUGAAUGUGUAGAUUUUCUUAGAGAAAAUUUACUACUAGUACAAGUUUUCCUGGGGAAUUAUUAGGGAGCUUUAGCAACGACUACGGGGACGACAACGACAACGGCAGAAAACAAUAGGCUUAAUUAGCAAAAAAA